AUGAGGGGUGCAACGACUUCUACAACUGUCCUACGGCAGAGCAAAGCUCUAUACAAGCUGGUAGCAAGCCCUCAGAAUGUCACACGACCGGCCGCCGCCCUGAGCGCCUCGAUGGGCUGCUCCAGCCAUUGGAGCUUCGCCCCCAGGCCCUUCCACACGACACCGGCCUACUUGAAGAAGGGGAGAGGAAAGGCGCGCGAGGAGGAGAAGGCCCCGAGCAAUGCCAAAGAAAAGCGAGCCGAAAAGGGCCGGUCCAAUAAGGACACCGAAGCCACAGCCGACGCCUCCUCGUCGCCGGCGGCGUCCCAACACCCGACGCCCUCGGCCGAGGACCCGCUCGACUUCGCCGACGUGCGGUCGCGGCUGGCCAAGGGCUCCGAGUCGGCGCUGGACGCGCUCAAGAAGCUCAAGGCGGGCGGGCGGUUCAACCCGGACGCCAUCGGGGCGCUGCGGGUGCAGCCGGACCGCAAGGAGGGCGCGACGUACCCGCUGCGCGAGCUGGCGCAGGUGGUGCCCAAGGGCGGGCGGACCAUCAGCAUCCUGGUGCACGAGGAGGCCUACGUCAAGCCCGUCAUGAGCGCCAUCCAGGCCUCGCGCGACUUCAACCAGCAGCCCCAGCGCGACCCGGACAACGAGCUCGAGCUCGUGCUCAAGAUGGAGCUCGAGAAGCGCGAGGACGUGGCCAAGCGCGCCAAGGCCGUGUGCCACGACUGGCGCGAGCGCGUCCGCCAGAUCCGCCAGAAGCGCGACAAGCUGCACGCCACCUGGAAGAAGGACGGCCUGAUCGUGCCGGACCUUCAGAAGCGCGCCAACACGGAGCUGGACAAGGUGAUCAAGGCCAAGAUCGCCGAGAUCGAUGCUGCCGAAAAGGAUGCUUUGAAGGCUGCGGAGGGAAAAUAG